AUUAAAAUAAGUACCGAACUCAAACACUCGAUAGUCUUCAAAUUUGGAAACCAAACAAACACUAGUCGCCGGUGCUCAAAAUCUGAAGCAAUGGGAAGAAUAGCGAUACUUGUUUCCACGAUCGGAGCAAUGUUGCUACUCUUCAUCCUCUCCCGAUCAUCCAACACUAACCAUUCGAUCCACCGCCGCAUUCGCUCCAACUCCACACUCUCCGCCUCCCACCACCAGCCCGACGACAGGUUCAAUGUCACCAACAGAAUCGUCCGUCUCUUCCCUGAAAUCGACGUGGAUCCCACCGAUUGGUUCGUCUCCCUCCACGAAUUGACUCAGUGGAACCUUCAUCAAGCUCAGAUGGAGGUUUUGCGUCAAAGUCAGAGGGAGAUGGAUGUUUACGACAAGAAUCGCGACGGAUUCGUUUCAUUCUCCGAAUAUUCUACUCCCUCGCGGAUUCAACGUGCAGACAGGGAUUCUCUUGGUUAUGAUAUGAGUUGGUGGAAAGAAGAGCAUUUUAAUGCAUCGGAUGUAGACGGAAAUGGUCUUCUGAACUUAGCUGAGUUCAAUGACUUUCUUCAUCCUGCUGACAGCAACAACCCAAAGCUUCGACAAUGGCUGUGCAAGGCGGAAGUCAGGGAAAGAGAUAUGGACAGAGAUGGGAAGGUCAAUUUUAAAGAAUUUUUUCACGGGCUCUUUGAUUUGGUAAGAAACUAUGAUAAAGAAAGUUACAACGUUUCACAUCAUUCUGAUGAUUCAAUGGAUGCUUCAGCUAAUCAGUUGUUUGAUAAGCUUGACAAAGAUGGAGAUAGAUAUUUGUCAGAUAUUGAACUCCUGCCAAUAAUCGGAAAACUCCAUCCAUCUGGGAAUUAUUAUGCAAAGCAAUAUGCAGAAUACUUAAUUUCACAGGCAGAAGUUGACAAAGAUGGGCGCCUUACUUUGACUGAGAUGAUUGAGAAUCCAUAUGCAUUUUAUAGUGCUAUUUACAAUAAUGAUCAUGAUGAAAUAGAGUGAUUCCCAUUGUUGUUAUGUGAAGUUCAUGUUAGCAUACAAAAAAAAACUUGGGAUAAAAGCAAAAUUGAAGGAGUUAUGGUUACAAGGAGUCAGGUUCUUAGUCACAAUCCUGGGGGAUAACAACUUACCUUGCUUCUUUCAAUUCCAAUUAUCUGUGAUUUCUUAUUAGACCAGCAAUAUAUUCAAGCACACAUAUCACACAUUGUAUUAUUCGUUUUAAGAAAGACUGGAGAAUCAAAAUAUUUAAAACUUUCUAGUUAAA